GUAGGAUGCGUAUGUAGAAGGCCUUAUUGGUUUCUAGCAGUCUGAACUGGUCUUGGGGUAAACGUUCGACAGUAGAAUAACUUCUUUGUAAGAUGGCUCGGUCCGUAAGCAGUUGUUUCAUUACUCUGGUCGUUCUGUUCCUUUGGCGGGUCGAAGACGUCGCAGAAGCUUGCAAAUGCGUGAUGGUGCAUCCUCAACAGGCUUUUUGCAGAGCAGAUGUCGUGAUCAGGGCAAAGGUGGUUGGAGUGAAAGCUGGGUCUGGUAACCCCAUCAAGUAUGACAUCCAACAGAUCAAGAUGUUCAAAGGUCCUGACCGGGAUAUCAAUGCAGUCUUCACCCCACCCUUCUGUCCCAAGGCUCUGGAAACCAACAAGGAGUACCUCCUCACAGGCAGGCUGAAUACCGAUGGAGCGAUGACCAUAAUGAUGUGUGACUUCAUUAGGACCUGGGAGGCCUCGAGUGACACACAACUGAUGCGCUUGAUUCAACGCUACCAAAGCGGCUGCGACUGCAAGAUCAUCCCCUGCUCUUCCCUCUCCUGUCCGAUCAGCUCCCCGGAUGAGUGCCUGUGGACGGACUGGUUGUCCGGCAAUGGCCUAAGUGGACCUCAGGCCCAAAGCUUUGCCUGUCUCAAGAGGAGAGACGGGUCCUGUGCCUGGUACAGCAUGAGUGCGCAGCCCGGGAAGUAGUUCCUGGAUAUUGAAGAUCCCUCAACUCUACAGGCCAUCCACUCACUGCUCAUAGUGACUAAAGAUGCCUGCAAUUAAUAAAACAAAUUAAACACUAAGCUACAAAUCCAUUUUUAUUUUGAUGAAUCAAUAAAGCAGUUCACCACCGUUAA